UUUGUUCAUUCUGUAUUUAGAGUUCUGUAAGAGAAUCUGCACGGGGCUGUAGCACUUUCCCAUUGACUGACCGGCCGCCCGCUGCUGCCUGCACUGGAAAUGCCUCCCCUCCCCUGGGUCAGCUGCAUUCUUGCUCUGCAGCUUGUCUGGCCUCUCUUUCAGCUUGUGGAAUCCAACACAAGAACCUAUUAUAUUGGCAUUGUGGAGGAGCCCUGGGAUUAUGCACCCACAGGCACAAAUCUCAUUAAUGGACUCAACAUAACAGAGGACAGAAAUGCUCUGAUAUUCCUGGAAAAUGGGCCGGACAGAAUUGGGGGCACUUACAAAAAAGCCAUAUACAAACAGUUCACGGAUGCUGAUUACACGGAACAAAUAGAGAAACCUGCCUGGCUUGGCUUUCUGGGGCCUGUCAUUAAAGCCGAGGUAGAAGACACAAUUGUUGUGCACCUGAAGAACUUUGCCUCCCGGAAGUAUACUCUGCACCCACAUGGAGUCUUCUAUGCUAAGGAUUCGGAAGGGGCUUUUUACCCAGAUGGAACCAAGAAGUCGGAUAAACAUGAUGAUGCUGUUCCACCGGGGGGCCAGCACACUUACACCUGGAUAGUCAAGCAGCAAUAUGCACCUACUGCCGAGGAUCCCAACUGCCUUACCUGGAUCUAUCACUCCCAUACAGAUGCCCCAAAAGAUAUUGCAAGUGGACUGAUAGGGGCAUUACUGACCUGUAAAAAAGGGACACUGGACAUGUCUUUAAAUCGGAAGGAUGUUAAUAAGGAUUUCAUUCUCAUGUUUACUGUGGUGGAUGAAAACCAUAGCUGGUACCUGGGAGAAAACAUUGAUGCCUACUGCACUGAUCCCGGGUCUGUAACUAUGGAAGAUGAAGAUUUCCAAGAAAGCAACAAAAUGCACGCUAUCAAUGGCUACAUGUUCGGAAACCUGCCAGCCUUGAAUAUGUGUCUCAGUGACACGGUGUCCUGGCAUUUGUUCGGAAUCGGCAAUGAAGUGGAUAUCCACUCCGCAUAUUUCUACGGCCAUACCGUCACCAACCUGGGUCACAGGACCGAUGUCAUCAAUCUCUUUCCGGCCACAUUCGUCACGGUGGAAAUGACCCCGGCAUCUGUCGGAACGUGGAUGUUAAGCUGUCAAGUAAACGACCACGUAGAAGCUGGCAUGCUGGGGCUGUACCAUGUAGAGAGCUGUGGACGGCUUCCUCCAUUGGCAAAGCCUGGAAUGACAAGGAACUACUUCAUUGCUGCCGAAAUGGUGCUAUGGGAUUAUGCGCCUACAAACACUGACCUGUUCACUUCUGAACCUUUAGAUCAGCCAGACAGCAAUUCAGCAAAGUAUUUCACAACUAACGGAGAAAGAAUAGGAGGUAAAUACUGGAAAGUUCAGUACACAGAGUAUACAGAUGAAACCUUUAACAUUAAGAAGGUCCGCUCUGAAAAUGAAGAACAUCUUGGAAUACUUGGUCCAGUCAUCAAAGCUGAAGUAGGAGACACCAUCGUGGUUACUUUUGCCAACAAUGCCGACAGAGAGUUCAGCAUCAUGCCCCAUGGGGUGUCCUUUAGCAAAGACUCAGAAGGAGCUGAAUACGCAGAUGGUUCUGUGAAAUCAGGAGCUCGCGUGGCAGCGGGUGCGACUUUCACCUACACGUGGACAGUCCCUGAGGGAAAUGGGCCCACAGCUCAUGAUCCCCAAUGCCUGACCUAUCUCUAUUACUCAGCGGUUGAUCCAGUCAAAGACACAGCUUCAGGCCUUGUUGGACCUCUGCUUGUCUGCAGUAAAGGCUCCCUCAGUCAUGAUAACACCCAGCUCCAUGUAGAUAAGGAAUUUUACCUUCUGUUCACGGUCUUUGAUGAAAAUUUAAGCUGGUACCUGGACAAAAACAUCGAGAUGAUUGAGAAUUUCUCCACUGACAAAGAAGAUGCUGGUUUUCAGGAAUCAAACAAAAGGCAUGCUAUAAAUGGAUUCAUGUUUGGAAACCUCCCUGGCUUGAAUAUGUGCCUGAUGGGUAACGUAUCAUGGCAUCUGCUUGGGCUCGGCACAGAAAUUGAUAUACACGGCGUUUACUUUGAAGGGAACACGCUUGAUCUCGGCGGAAUGACGAGAGACACCGUUAGUCUUUUUCCCCACACGUCACUCACAGCCUACAUGCACCCAGACCAAACCGGGGGAUUUGAAGUCAGUUGCCAGACCACUAAUCACUAUGCUAAUGGUAUGAAGCAGAUUUACCAAGUGGAUUUAUGUAAUGACUCUAAUACUGACCAGCAGUAUGGCACUAUGAGAACCUACUUCAUUGCCGCUGAAGAGCUAGAAUGGGACUAUUCUCCUGACAGGACAUGGGAGCUGCAAAAGCAUACCUUCACUGAAGGAGAAAGCAGCUAUGGACAUAUAUUUGUGAGCAGAGAAGGAGACUGGAUUGGGUCGAAAUACAAGAAAGUAGUGUACCGGGAGUAUACAAAUGGCCAGUUUACAGAACAGAAAAAAAGGACUCCGGAAGAAGAACAUCUUGAGAUACUUGGCCCCUUUAUACGAGCAGAGGUUGGAGACAGCAUUCUGAUUGUGUUUAAGAAUAAAGCCACAAGAGCUUACUCUAUACAUGCCCAUGGGGUUGUGGAAGUGGCCGCAGGAGGAAACACCGCAACACAGCCAGGAGCUAUAAGAACAUAUCAGUGGAAUAUCCCAGAGAGAUCCGGACCAGGAGCUAAUGACCCAGAUUGCUUAACCUGGGCUUAUUAUUCCAGAGAAAAUUUCAUUAAGGAUAUCUACAGUGGCUUGGUCGGACCAUUAAUAACAUGCCGCAAAGGUGUCCUAAACAACCAGGGCAAGAGAAAAGAUGUGGACCGCGAAUUUGCAGUGCUCUUUCUGGUAUUCGAUGAAAAUAAGUCCUGGUACUUGGAUGAAAACAUUCGGUUUUAUACUCACAAAGAGCCCAGCGAAGUGAAUGUUACCGAAAAAUUUCAAGAAAGCAACAAAAUUCAUGCAAUUAAUGGGAAAAUCUACGGAAAUCUCCAUGGCCUCACAAUGACUGAAGGGGAAAAGACCAACUGGUAUCUGCUGGGCCUGGGGAAUGAGAUUGACAUGCACACAGUACAUUUCCAUGCAGAAAGCUUUAUUUACAAGAAAGACAAGGAGCAUCGAGCAGACGUAUUUGAUCUCUUCCCUGGGACAUUCCAAACAAUAGAACUAGUGGCUGACAACCCUGGAACGUGGCUGUUACACUGCCAUGUAUCGGACCACAUCCACGCCGGCAUGGAAACCGUGUUUACUGUAAAGAAAUCAGGUAAAACCAUUUUGGGAAAUGGUUCUACAACAAAAACUCCCAUUGGUGGGUCACUGGGAACUGGUUCUGCUGAAGAAUCAGCCGGAAUACCGUUUCUAGGCAAGAUGUUAUCCAGCAGUGAAGCAAACACCGCCCUGAUCACCCUUCUAGCUGUCGGCCUGGCCCUUUUGGUGCUGUUGGUGAUAGUGGCGAGUCUGCUGACCUGUGCCAGGAAGCGCAUGUACUACAGCACGAUUGACAAUGGAACACUCCCCAUUCAUAAUCUGUGACCAAAACGCGCUGGCCCAAAGCCUACAACCUAAAAAUGCAUUGGACUUUGAACAUUUAAGGCUACAUAUAUGGCUUAUGUGUUUAUGAUACACUGAUCUCCCAUGUUACCGUAAGUGUAUGAGAGGUACUUGUGACCAUACACGCCUAAGCCCAUAUAUAACAUGCUAGCCUUGAAUUACACUGGGCACUUUAAAUACUGUGAUAUCUGUACCUCAGAUUUUGUUGUAUUGCAAUAGAACGGAAUAACUAUAAAAUAAUUUAACAUUUUUAGAUAGAAUAUUGAAAAAUAUCAGCUGCCAAAUGGCAGCCUUUUGAAAUCUUCAUAUGUCAUAAACAUCAACCUUCAGGGAACUGAGUCUUGGCCAUGGCAACUCAAUGCUCCAUUAUGCCCAGAUCCACCCAGUUAAAACCAGAACAGACCCUUUGCUUUAUCACUGUGGGGGUAAAAGAAUCAAAGAGGGUAGACAGGUCUGUACAGGUUUAAGUGAUAUAGCCAUUGCAAUGUAUUAAACUCACAUGACUAGAAGCUUAAGGGCUGUGACACACGGGGAGUUUAGUCACCGCACAACAAAUCUCCCUUGUUGCGGGCAACUAAUCUUCCCGA